CAAGGGUUAGGGAGACGGGGAACAUUCAGUAAAAUAUGUCCGCUUUAAGGCCUGAACCCGAUAAAAGCCUGGACAACCAGUGCAAUAACAGUGAUUUCUUAGGAGAUGAACGCAAAGCAAUUGAACCCGAGGGCGCGGCAGAUGAAGCUCCUGAGUCACAAGACAAAUUAUUUAACGCAGACGCACAAGAAACGAAGGAGUCCACAGAUGCAAAGAACAAUUCAUCCGUUCUGGGUAGCUGUGUACGAAAUGGAGAAUCAAAUCUAUGCCCUGAAUCUGACUCAUUAGUGCCUAAAGCACAAGAUGAUGAUGAUGAUGAUGUUUCCCAGGAUGAAGAUCUUGGGCUUGUUUGGUCCGAGUCUGAAGAAGAGUUGGAUUCAAGAACAUGUAGCAUCUCGGAUAAAGAAGGCACAGGGCAUGAACGUCAAGAGACACCAGAGGACCAGACAACAGAAGACCUCGGCUUAGUGGAUAGAACUCAGGAUACUGGAAGUACCAUAAGACAUGAAGAUGCAUUAGCACAAGACGAGGAGGAAGAACUGACAGAUCUGAGUGUAGACAUGGAAUGUGAAAGUGACUCUAACGAGGGAGAGGAGGAAAGGAGAGAGGACAUUUCAGAAGAGGAAGAAGGAGAAUCCAAAGGUGAAGUGCAAAGAAAAGAACCUGAAGAACCAGAGGAUAGGGGGCCAGGUGACUAUGAAGAGUGCCAUGAGACUGAUGUUGUGGAUAAGCAGCGGAAAAAACGUCUGAACUGUCGCGAGUGCGGCAAAAGCUUCACUCGACGAGAGACAUAUGACCUGCAUCGCCACUUCCACAUACAUCAAGAUGAACAGGCUUCUCUCACCUGCAAAGAAUGUGGCCUCACCUUUCAGCAUCGCAGCAGCCUCAUCAAGCAUCGCAGCGAACAUAAACAAAAUGGUUUGCCAGAUUCAGCGUUGGUCUCAUAUAAGCGGUCUCAGGUAAGGGAGUUCAGGGAAGAAAAGAUAUUUGAAUGUGACCACUGUGGUGAUUGUUUUUCAUCCCUGAUCCGAUUUAAGCUUCAUGCCUGUCAGCAGAGCCUCGAGAAGCCUUACCGCUGCCCCCUGUGCCGCAAAGAGUUCCAGUACAGAGUAUCCAUCAAUGCUCACAUGCAGAGCCAUUCAUUAGAGUGUCCUUACAGGUGCCUCGAGUGCAAUAAGGGCUUUCAGUGUGCUGUGACAUUGCACAUACAUCAACGGUCCCAUGCUGCCCUCAAACCUUACGAAUGCCCUGAUUGUGGUAUGGUUUUCAGGCACCGCUCUUUCAUGGAGGACCAUCGCCGCAAGCACACUGAAGAAAGGCCACACCGGUGCACAAUAUGUGGCAAAAACUUCAAAUACAGCAGCCUUUUGCAACAGCAUCAAUACCUUCACACUGGCCAGAAGCCAUACCGGUGCACAGAAUGUGGAAAGAGAUUUGCGUUUGCACAAAAUAUGCGUGCCCACUGUCGCCAACACAAGAAACUCACAAGUCCUGGUUUUGAGGCAGCUAUUACAGAAAGUAAUGAAAUGUCCAAUGGAACAGGUUUAGGAUCUAUAGGAAAAGAAAACACCAAUACAAACAUGGAACACCAGCGCAACUGUCCACUGUGUCCUCAGAUCUUUUACAAAGCAGCUGAUCUACGGGCCCAUAUAUUGACACACGAGGCAGAAUAUGAAAAAUUGAGUAAUGGGGGAAAAAAUCUAAAGGUGUAUGCCUGUCCCAAUUGUCCUCUUCAGUUCUUGGAUGAAUCUACUUUACAGUCACAUGUAUUGACCCAUCAGGUUAUAACAACUCCAUUGAAGAGGGAGGUUCUCAGUGUAGCAAGCUCAGCUAGCACUGAUAACAUUUCAGCAGAUGCAGAAUGGGGAGAGCAAACAGAAAAGAAACCUUUGAAAUGCAGAGACUGUGGCAAAAGCUUUCGUUAUCGUUCCGUUUUAGAGCUUCACAUGCGUAUACACAACAGAGGUUACCAGUGCCAUGUUUGUAAAAAGUCAUUCCGAUUCAGCAGUUACUUACAGCAGCAUUUGAUUAUCCAUUCCGGCAAGAAGCCAUAUAAGUGCCCUGACUGUGGAAAGGACUUUGCGUUUCUUCAGAACAUGAAGACUCACCAGAGAUUGCAUCAGCAGAAACCUUUUCGCUGCACACAGUGUCGCAAGGGAUAUAGUGAUGAGAGUCAAUUACAGCGUCACAUGCUUUGUCACUCCGGAGACAAACCUCACAAAUGUCACAUCUGCAACAAGAGUUUUGGUUUAGCAUACCUACUUCGUGACCAUCUCAAUACCCACACAGGGGAGAGGCCUCAUCGUUGCCAAGAAUGCCACAAAUCAUUCCCCUGGCUCAGCAGUCUCCUUGUUCAUCAAAAAAUACACGCACGUAAACGUCAAGGAAUAAGUCAGUCCUACCCUUCAACCGUUGGUUCACAAAGAGGGAGGACAAGUGCGGUUGGAAGGGGCAGGAGAAGUGGUAGAUGGGUUUCAAGUUGGCCAAGAAUGGGAGGAAAUGUGGACAGCGCAAUGCCAAUGCAACAAGCUCUUACGGAUCAGAUUUUGCAGGGUUCCUUUCCGACCUUGUUGGGGCAAGAAGCUAAUGUUUUUGAUUCAGAUAUGAAUGAGCAAACUCAGCUUAUGCCUGUUCAGUUGCAACAGCAGUGGCAAAUUCAGAUUCACUCACAGCUUCAACAGCACUCUAAAUGGUUACCUGAAGGACAAUCGAAUAAUUUCAGGCACCAGUGGCAAUCAGCAACACAUCUCAAACCCAUUUUGCCAAAACCAGAUGUUCUCCCAAAGAUUGCAUUAUGUCAAGCUCGCAAACAGCUUCCAGAGAACUGUACAGCACCAGUUAACUGUGACACUGCUUCAACUAGCACAUCAUCCCCUACUAGGGGCUGUACUGAUGGCGCAUCCAUGAGUGAAGCAAAGAUGCAACAACAACCUUCUCCGUCUCCAGGCACUGCAGAUGGUUCUUUAUCACUGGAUGCAAAGAUACGUCCAGUGGCGUCAAACCCUCAGAAUUCCCCAAAGCAUGGGUUAAAUAUUCAAGGCCAACAAUUAUCUCAGUGGCCAGUCUCUGAUUUAGCCCAAAAUGCAAACAUUGGUCUAGGCUCAUCAGGAAAAGAAAAUCUAAUUACUUUUAGCUUAAAAACACCAGCAGGCACACAGCAGGUUAACACAUCAUCUGAUCAAUCUGAGCAGCCACAAUUACAACAGUCGUCUACUCUAGCCGGUGCAUCGAUACCAACACAAACAAGGCAAAGUGCAGAUGCAGUAGAUGACAGUGCUACUGUUAAAAACAAUAGUAAGCCUUUGAAUAUCGUAACUCCUCUUGAAAUGUCCAAGAGUGUAAACUCGCAAGAAAAGCCUACGAAUGAAACGGGGGCUCAGCAUCCACAGCUCCAUAUAAUGCCACCAUCUUCACAACAGCAACAUCAGCAAUUGCAGUUGGUCUUGCAACCACCACAGCAAAUUCAGCUUCUACAGCAGACAGUCCAGCAGAUGCAACCUGAACAAUUAAAGCUUCCUCAGCAGCAGCAACAGCAGCAGUUUCAACAAUCCCAAACAAACCCAUUAGGAUCAGUCAGUGUUCAGUUUGGAGCAGCUCCUUUUCCUCAUGGGAAUGGAAGCACAGUGUUGGGCUUCCAGACCACUCCAGUUGUUUCCCAAGCUCUGUUAAAUGGACCAGUACAGCAGGGGACACAGAAGCAAGCACCUAUAGUUUCUGCCUCUCAAAUCCUCUUAAAUCAGGCAUCUCCCUUUAUUACCUCACCACUCCCUUUGGCAUCUCCUCUUGCUUUGCCAGGUCCUCGUCCAAUCCAUUCUAUAGCCGGUCAACUUCCAGGUCCAGCAACUCAGAACAUCUUCUUUUCUUCACCAGGCAUAGUGAAUGAGAGACCAGUAAUACCACAGGCUUUGCCCUCAACUCCUGUAGGUCAACGAAGUGAACCAAACAAACUUAUCAGUCAAGUUUCCUUUACCGCAGAUCACCGUUUUCAUUGCAUGAUCUGUGGAUGCACGUUACCAGGAGAACUAGAAUUACAGGUGCACUAUAUGCAACAUGUACAAGGUGAGGUCUGAUUUGUAUAAAUUUAACAUCCCUCUACACCGUUAAGGUUUCUGGCUGUUAAAGUGCCAAAAGGACUGUAGUAGAUCAUGCUUGUUGUCUCAUUUCCUCAAUCCUAAAUUUCUCAUUGUAUUCUGACUGUGUGAGAUGUGAAGUGACCAUCGUUAAUUAGUCAGUUAAUGAAAAUGACAUUUGCGACAUGUACAGGUUCAAAUAUUUCCCCGAGUUUAUUUCACUUUGCAAGCAAUUUAUCACCCAUGUUAAACUAUUGCUUAUAUUUAAGUAGGUUUAUUUUUUAUUUUACAAUUUUCAAUUAUAAUGUUGGAUAAUGCAUUUCCCCCUCUGAAGCAAGUUUUUAUACAAACCCAGGCUAAUGUUCUGUAACUACACAUUGCACUUAUUCAUCAAAGUUGCAUAGAAACAGUUUGCAGAUUUGAGCGCACAAAUUGUCAUAUGCACAAAUCUGCAUCUGAUUCAUGAAACUGUCAUACUACAUUCCAAGGAGUCGUGUUUUGUAUAAUCAGAAAAGCUCAGUUUAGGGAGGUAGUGUGACAGUGAACCAGAAAAAAGAAAAUGAUUUUUCAGGUUAAGAUACGAGCAAUGUCUAAGAAAAGCAGUUAAGAAUUCAUUGAGGUGCUUUUGUCUGAAGUUGCUUUAAAUAAAGUGUUAAAGAAGUUUAAGGUCAAAUUCAGGUAUAAAACCAAACUGUUUUCCAACCUCAAUGGCUGACAGUAGCAGAGUGUUUUUAUUCUUUAUGGCAGAGUAUUUUUGUACUUUCUUAAUAUGGCAUGUGGGGCUCAAGUUAGAUUUAAUUAGCUUUAUUUAUAAUAGUAGUAAUAAUAAUAAUAAUAAUAAUAAUAAUAAUAAUAAUAAUAAUUAAUAAUAAAAAUAAUAAUGAGAUCAGCCGAGUAUUCUCCCUGAACAUAUAAAGAACAUUUAGGUCUUUAAGUAAAGAUCUUUAAUUCAUAAAAAGCACUAAAAGAUGAAUCUAACACUAAGAAGUCAUUCCUGAUGCGUUAUGGCUUAAUAUGAAGUUUUUUUUUAAUAAACUCAGUAAACAGACAUGUUUUUUGAAUAUCCCAGACAGAACAGAACUUUACGGUGCCUCUUGAACAUACUUGUUGUCCUAUAUAUUUUAAUGUCACUGAUUGUCAUUGCAUUUGAUUAUUUAACUGCAACUCAACUGUUUUAGGUUGUUAAAAAUAUUGUUCUCUAUUUACAAAUACUGACCACACAUGAAUUUUAUCAAUCGUGAAAUUUGCUUAUGUUUUACGAGCAGAUCUCAACCUCACGCAACUUUAAUGAAUAAGGGCCAUUAUGUGUACUCGUAUGUUCAAAUCAGUUUCUUUUGUUUGUUCUUCAUUUGUACAGCAUUUUGUGUCAAAUUUCUGAAACACUGAAUUGCUUUUAUUGUUCAAGGCCUGUAUUUGGAACUUUAAAUAGGAAAACAUCAAUAGGACCUUCAUGUAAGAUCACUGAAAGUUAUCUGUCUACCUCCGUCUGAUUCUUGUAGUUAUAAAUUCAAUAAAUUUGGAUCUGGAAUUGAUCAUA